UAUUUAGUGAGAAAAAUGGUGACGUGUUCAAUACUUAUUUCAGCCGCUAUUAUGUUAGACCAUCAUUAACUGAGGACUUCCCUGUGUUUGUGUAUUUUUUUCUCAUGGUUUUCUACUUUUUCCAAUAUUUGUUUCAUCUAUUUUUCAGUUGUUGUUUUUUUGACGAGUUUUUUCAAAAAAAAUACAAAUACUUGAGUAUUUGUAUUUUUUCCAUCUAAUAUUUGUUUUCUAUUUGUUGAUUAUUGUUUUUCAAAAUAAUUUUUGUGCAUGUUUCAUCUGACAUUUUUCUAUUUCCUACUGAUACACUUUUUUCCCCCUCAUAUUUAUGUAUUUCCCGUGUAAUAUUUUGGAAAGUCAGGGCCACCUCCCGAACCACGACGGUUCUGCCUGCGACCCGCGAUUUGAGAACCCCCGCUUUCGCACACGACGCGUGUUUGAAAGCUCAUUGGGGUUGCGAUGACCUCCUUCCCAAAAAAACGAACGUCUUCAAGCGGGGCUGCUGUGCGGCGCUGUCUCCAUGGCAACAGAGAGAACGGAGAUGCUCAGUAAGUGUGUCAGAUUCCAGCAUCACCAUGGACACCGACACCGACACCGCCCCUCCCCCCUCUCGGGGGGGCCGCUUGAAUGCUAAUGUUGCUAAUGCUAAUCUCAGCUCAUACCUACUUGACGCCCUCGUCUAUUCGGGGGGAGGCGUUUAUUUUCAAAAACGCCAUUUCUCUACUCAACUGUAGAAAGUACCCGGCAUCUGUUGGGUGUAAUGCGUUUAUUAAGCAGGAGACAAUGUCGGGGCACAAACAAAGAAACAAACCAGUCGCUAGUCGGUGUCAGCUCAUAUAUUGGCAAAGAAGUCAUGGACACUUUGAGUGCGUUUCUCUCUAACCCAGAACCUCGGAACUGCGAGGCAGCCAUGUUCGCCACUAUGCCGUCUUCCUUACAAGCAUUUUGUUAGCCAGCUCCAGCUAGCCACAGCUAACACACGAGCACGAGCUAAGUGGCCCGUUUCAUCAACAACGCGAACGUGCGCACGUGCACGCGCGCGCCCAGCUGCUGAUCGCGCCGCGCGCGUGCACGGCCGGGCUGCAGCCGACUGACCCACUUUGACGACACGCACGCACACGCAUCUUUCUUCUACGUGCGCACGCAGGCAGACGUCCGAAGUUCAAAGGUCGCCUUACUUACCCGGACCGAACCGAGCAGCUGGGCCGCGAGUACGAGCCGAGACGCGAGCAUCGUUGUGCGCGUGCGUGAUCCGAGACAAUGGCGUGUGCUCCGUGCGCGUGCUCGCGUUUGUGCGUCUUUGUCUGCUCUUAGUCUCGUCGAGUCUUCAUCUUCAUCGUCACGUUCACUCACGCACGGCUGAGUUCGGAACGCAGCGGACCGGAAGCGGGUCUCUCGGUGCCGACGAGGACCCGAACCCGAAGAUGCUGCGACGGACGCCAAGCCCCGCCCAGGAAGCACCCCCCGCCCCCCUACAUCUUCAUCUUCAGCCUCCAUCUUCAUCAUCGUCAUCGUGUGUGCUGAUGCUGAAGGGGAUUUAAAAAAAAAAAAAAGACGAAAGUGGCGCCAUCUGCUGGAUAAAGUUGGUCCUCACAAAUCAAUCGGCGAUGGUGAAGUGACAAUGGCUGUCACGUGACGUGGUUCGAUUGGAGGAGGGCGAGGAGGGGCGUGGCCCGUGGGAACAGGUCGAGCAGGCUCGGCGAAUGAGCCAACGAGCGAAGAAGUUUGAUCUGGACGAGCAGCGCAACGCCAUGGCCGUCAACAAAUGCAUCAAAUAUUUGCUCUUCUUCUUCAACCUUCUCUUCUGGCUGAGCGGCUGCAUCAUCCUGGGCGUGUCCAUCUACCUGAAAGUCAACAAGGACGGCAACUUGAUCACCGACGAGUCUCUCCCGGGCAUCGACCUCCUGAUCGCCGUGGGCGUCAUCAUCAUGGUGUUGGGCUUCCUGGGGUGCUGCGGCGCCAUCAAGGAGAACCGAUGCCUGCUCAUCCUGUUCUUCGCCAGCCUCCUCCUCAUCUUCAUCCUCCUCCUGGCAGCGGGAAUUCUGGGCGCCGUGGGCGAGAAGAAGGUGAAGGAGUGGGUGAAGGAGCGUCUGCAGAAGUUCACGCCGCUGUCGAGUCAGCCCGAGAACGUCAGGAAGGACCUGGACAAGCUGCAGGAGGAGCUGAAGUGUUGCGGCCUGGCGAACGGCACGUCCGACUGGGACGCGGUCCCCGACUCGUGCCGAUGUGCCCACGGCGAGCCCGAAUGCGGCGCCGCCGGCCUGUACAGCACGCCGUGCUCCGUUCGGAUCGUCGGUCUGCUGGAGAAACACAUGGAAGUGGUCAUCGGCAUCGCAUUCACCAUCGCCAUCCUGCUGAUCGCCGGGAUGGUUUUCUCGAUGAUCCUGUACUGUCAGAUCGGAAAGCGAGACGGCGCCACCGCAGCCUAAACUCCGAAACUACACGGACGCCGCCGGCGUCCGAGCACACUUUUAGAUUGGAGGAACUCUUUGGACUGGACAGGGUUCCCGAUGAUUU